CUUAAGCAGACCUUUGAACAAGGGCUGUGAUCAUUAGCAUAAUUUCCCUGAAUACGUGUGACGCCUACUUUCUGAGAUUCUUAGAUCCUCCCUCUUUUUUUUCAUCUUAUUUUAUUUUUCUUUCCCUGUCUGCCCCAUCUUCUUAGAUUUUAAAAUUUCUUUCUCUUUUUUUACUCCCCCACACGUGCUUGUUCCCAGAAGAUUAUACAGCUUGGAAACUAGAAUCAUUCAGCUCAAAGCAUUUUAUAAGAAACAUACCAUUUAUUUCAGUGGAAUUACAUUUGGAAAGCCCUGUGAGUUGAUAUCUCUUAUCUAUGUGACCGGGGUCGCCCAUAUGUAACCUUAGGGGUUGUCCAGUUUUUGGCAGACAUUUCAUCUUCAGAUUUCCUGAGAGCUGCUCCCAUCCUGGGGUCUGGUGGUGUAGGUGAUAGAGCAGGGACUGUGUUGCAUUUGCCACUUUCUCAUGCCCAGGAAUUAGUUGGGAAACCCAGAUCUUGUGGUUCUGAACUAGAACUGGAGAGUGUCUGUUGUGUUCUGCGUCAGUCGUCAAAAAGCAAGGUCUGAGCCGCCAGGCCAUUGGAGGAGGGACGCCACGUGACCCAGGGGUGCCAAUGUUAUUCUUUACGGGUGUCAAGACCCUGUCAGUUUGUGAAAUAAAUAUUGGGAAACAACGAAAUGCAAAAAGCGACCUACUACGACAGCUCUGCGAUCUAUGGCGGAUACCCCUACCAAGGAACAAAUGGUUUCACUUAUAAUGCAAGUCAGCAGCAAUAUCCUCAGACUUCACCUCUGGUGGAUUCAGAAUAUCACCGACCUGCCUGUUCCCUGCAGUCACCUGGCAAUUCAGUGCCACAUCACAAGGCCAAUGAGAUCAACGAAAGUUGUAUGAGAACCCUUAGCAGUCAGACCAGCCAGGCACAGGCCAUAAGCGAGCAGCAGCAACAACAGGCCCCCUCGCAGGGACCACCACCCUCUGUGUCACCACCUCAUAAUGCCAACAAUGCUGCCACAGCCUCAACCACUAAGGGCACAAACAUCACCUCACCUACCAUGUCAAAGCAGAUUUUCCCUUGGAUGAAAGAAUCUCGGCAAAAUACAAAGCAGAAAACUGGCAGCUCAAGCUCAGGUGAGAGUUGUGCUGGGGACAAAAGCCCUCCGGGACAAUCUUCUUCCAAGAGAGCCCGCACUGCUUACACAAGCGCUCAGCUGGUAGAACUGGAAAAGGAGUUCCACUUUAACAGAUACCUUUGUAGGCCAAGAAGGGUGGAGAUGGCCAAUCUGCUUAAUCUCACUGAAAGGCAAAUCAAAAUAUGGUUCCAGAAUCGGCGAAUGAAAUACAAAAAGGAUCAGAAAGGGAAAGCCAUGAUGACCUCUUCAGGAGGACAGUCACCCUGCAGGAGCCCAUUGACACCCUCUGGGGUUGGAGGAUACCUUAACUCUAUGCAUUCGUUAGUGAACAGUGUACCUUAUGAGCCUCAGUCACCCCCAGGUUUUAACAAGCCCCAUCCUAACGCAUAUGGUGUGCCUGCCCCUUAUCCUAGCCCACAUAAUAGCUGUCCUCCUCAUCAAAAGAGAUACACAGGGACUGCUGCAGUUACCCCUGAGUAUGAAACCCACCCUCUCCAAGCUAGUGGUUAUAGCAAUCCUCAUGUACAGGGAAGCCCCGUUUAUGUAGGGGGGAACUAUGUGGAAACCAUGACUAAUAAUGGGCCCUCCAUAUUUGGCCUAACUCAUAUGUCUCAUUCCUCUCCUGGUAACAUGGACUACAGUGGACCUGGAGCUAUGAAUAGCAGUCACCACCAUGGACCUUGUGAUUCACAUCCUACAUAUACAGACUUAUCUGCUCACCAUACUUCUCAGGGAAGGAUCCAGGAAGCACCCAAGUUAACACAUUUGUAAUGGACAACAAUAAGUUGUUGAGAAGCCCAUUUAAUAUUUUUAAGUAUUUAAAUUGAACUCCCUUCCCUCUUUAUAUCUUAUAUACUUUUUUUCUAUUUUCAUUUUUUACUGCAAUUCCCAUUGCUUGAAUUGCUCUCUAUUUUGGUUCUGCCUUAUACAUUGUGUAUCUCAUAAUCUCUUGUCUUGGAUCUGAUCUCAAGCGAACAUUUGGUAUGUUUUAUUUCUAAACAUUUUAUCAAACAGGGUAUAUGAACAAAUUUUAUAUGGAAAAGAAAUCUUAAAUGUGAAUUUGUUCGUACAUUUCCUUUCCCAUAGGGAGUGGAUUUAAAUUAUUAUUGCACUUCUUUAAUUGCUAGACAAAAAUCAAAAAAGCGCUUGAACAGGGGUUUACCAUGGAUCAUAAACAAUACGUGUAAAUCAUAUAAUGUGUGUAUUCUGGAGCAUUUAUUAAGGUUAAUUUAUUCCUUUAUUUUUCUGAAAACAACAAAAAAAUGAACUGUUUACAUUUUAUUUAUCCCACUUUUCAUAUUUAUAAACAAUAUAUUCCAUUUUCAGGUCAUGAUAUGGGCCUUUUCUUUGAUGGCAAAAUAACAUACAGGGACUGGUGUUUAAAAUGAAUCAUUCUCUUUAAAAUGCAAUAAAAUUGAAGAGAACACAA